AUGUCUCGUGGCGGUGGUGGUCGUGGCGGUCGAGGAGGCGGUCGAGGGGGCUUUGGGGGUGCCAAUAAUCCCCCACCGAUGGGUUUGACGUUCGCAGACCUACAAAACUUGUCCAGGGAGGCGACAGAGCUCUACCCUCCGAUGCGCGUACCGGUAUUCACAGAACCUUCAGAUGAGGAGAAGAAAAUUGCUGAGCUCCAAUUAGGAAUGGCCGCCCGCCUCAGGACUUCACAGUAUUACAUUGUGGAGAAAACAAAAUCUACAGAAUUACCACGUUAUUCUGAUAAGUAUCGGCCCUCGAGCAGCACCCAGCCGACUCUAAAACGAAAAGAUCUCCAUGCACCAUUCUUUCCAACGGAGAUCUUCGAAGACUACUUCAACCCUAAGAGAAGAAGAAAAGCCGCCACAAAGAGUGGCCCCAGCAAAGUCCACUUGAACCUAGAUGACUUGGCAGAUGACGUAGAGGAGGAGAAGUCAUCCGAGGAGCGUUCAGACAUCGGCUCACAGGCAGAUGGAUCUGACUAUGAUGUUGAUGAAGAGUAUGACAACGAUUAUGCUGAAAACUACUUCGAUAAUGGCGAAGGGGAUGAUGUGGAUGACCUUGGAGGAGGAGGGGGCGACGAUGGUGGAGGAGGAGGCGACUACGACUGAUAUAUGGGUUUUCUCUGGCUCCAUAUUUAUAACCACUGCAAUGUAUAACCCCACACGCGUCUUGCAAGUCCUUCCGUCCUUUCUGC